UGUGGAUGGACUUGGUAAAAGUUGUGCUGCCGGUUAUAUUGCUCUUGAAAUGACAACUGUUUGUGAUGAACACCAGUGUUACUAAUCUAACAUGCUGGGGGCUGUACCCUGGAACUUUUACUCCUUUCUGUCCUGGGUGGAUAUAUAUUUGAUGCUGUUUUGUUAGCCCGUACUUGAGACUUUUCCUCUCCUGAGCAGGAGGGCUGGGUUUCUGAAAUAGAAGCCUCAGCCGAAACUAAGGUAUUUCUGCUAGUUGUUGUCAUGGAAAUGAUGCUGCCGCCGGCGGUGGGGAGUUUGCAGCUCGGGUGAAGCGAAGAAUGGCAGUCAAUUCGUUAGUCUCUAAGGUGCCACAAGUACUCCUUUUCUUUUAGAGUAAUUUGUCUCUUCCUUUAACUGUGCUUGGGAAAUAAGUGGUUUUGUUUGUGCAAGUUAGGACUAAUAGGGACUGCAGGGUAGGUUGAUCUGAUCUCGCUUUAGGAGAGAACAAACAAACUGCUGGAAGAGUUCGCCGAAGAGGUAAUUGUUGGAAUGUGGCAUAUUGUAAUGAAAUGAGAUGGGAUCUUUGCUAGGCACGUCUGCCUGGCAGAUGCUCCUAAGAAAUUUGCACUUUUCCCUUUGGAGGUCAUAGAUUGUAAUUACUUACUAUACAGACCCAGCACGUGUGUCACAGUACAGAGGAGCUGCAUUUCACUCGCUGCCUUAACUCGCUGUAUAACUGUCUCUCUUCCUAACUGUGCAACAGCGCCUGGCUUUGAACGAAUCAAUAACAUGUUGUAUACUGGGCAUUCCAGUGUGGUAUAUCGUGGGCAGCUCUUGGUCUGCAGUAUCGCGAUACUGCGCUGUCCCGGUGGCGGUAUGGAUCGUCUUAACUUUAAUACUUAACUUACGUUGUUGAGAAGUGUUGUUUGGUUUUCACCCUAUUUUGAGCUAAAGGAUUUAACUCCCAAAGUUUUCCCAAAUAAAGGGCGGAAAAUGCUAUUUCUAGGGGGGCGGAGGGGGGUCCCCUGCGAGCGUCACUUUCAAAUAAACUUCUGGAAUUAGUCACUGGAAUUCUCUCCAGCCUGCUUCAGCUUAUUAGCGUCUUCCAUUCAUUUUCUGUUUUUUUCUCCGUGGGGACUGUUGUAUGUUAAAUUCUUCUUGUCCCAAUGAUGACACACUGAGAGCGAGAGGCUGAGAAACAGAGAGCGGCCGGGGCCGCGCAGAGAUGAAAUUGACUGCAGUUGCGCGCUAUUUGCUGGAGUUCCGUGGGUCGGUUUGAUAGUUACGUAGCGAUUAAAUUACAAACUAGCCGCUACUCGACAUGCAGCUGAAACUUUAAUUCAGUGACGCUUCCCCUUCGCGGUCCCUCCCGGGGUAAAGGAAGGUUUCGAAACUCAGCUGAAGAGCCACAAUCACAAUGGAGCAUUUCACGGUUUCCUCCUCAGAUUACCGGGGGGGGGGGGGUGUCACUUGGGGCUGAAUGUAGAGUGUAAGGAGGAAGAAAGGCUCUUUGACAAGGGUAGUUAUUCCUUCCUAAUUUACAGCCCUCCAGGCUCUGUGCUCCUGGCUCAGCGGCUGCAGUCUGGAGGAGUGUUGCAUGUUUGAAGGCGCAGAGAGUGUCUCUAGGUAACCGGCGGCUUUGGGGGAGGAGGGGAGCCCUGGGGCGCUCAGUGCAGUGGGAGAAGCGGCCUUGCAAGCGCUGGCCCAAGAGCAGGGAGGGAUGGAGAAGCCCGGGAGAAGAAGAGACGAGCCGAUGAGCGUUUGACACCCCGAGCGCUUCGCGGGGCAUGAUGGCAAAAGUAGGCGAAAGUUCCCGGCCAGGACUCGCGCUAAUAGACACAAGGGGGUGUGGGGGGGGGGGUCUCUCCUGACACGGGCGGCGAUGUUAGUGCCUCCCCGCCGAAAUGCAAAGCCUCCCCUCUGAUACGCAGGUGUUGGCUUCAAGAAUAAGCGUGACAAAGCCAAACCAGAGCCCGGUUCGGAGGAGCGCCCCACGCUGAGUCCCGGCUCCAAACCCGGACCCGCAGACCGGCCCCAGCCAGCCCGCACUCCGCCUCCCCCUGCAGCCUCCGCCGUCCAGACGACCAGCCCCACCAUUCAGCGAGCAAGAUACCCUCCAGAUAUGCCCUGUGUGCAAGCUCAGUAUAGCCCUUCACCUCCUGGUUCGAGUUAUGCAGCUCAGACCUACGCAUAUGGCUCAGAGUACAGCUCGGAGAUCAUGAAUCCUGACUACACCAAACUGACCAUGGACCUGAGCAGCACCGAGAUCACUGCCACCGCCACCACCUCCCUGCCCAGCUUCAGCACCUUCAUGGAGGGUUACUCUGGCAGCUAUGAGCUCAAGCCCUCCUGCCUGUACCAAAUGCAAUCUGCCUCCUCCAGCCAGAGGCCCCUCAUAAAAAUGGAAGACAGCCGGCUACAUAGUUACCACCCCUCACUGCCGCCCUCCACAGAUGAAGGGAUGCCCAGCACCUCCAUGUACUUCAAGCAGUCCCCGCCUUCCACGCCCACCACUCCCGGAUUCCCUUCUCACCAGGCCUCCAUGUGGGAUGAACCCCCACAUCCGCUGCAACCUGCACAGACCUGCAUGGCCCCCAGCCACCUGAUGGACUCUGCCCCUAUGAAGACUGUGCCCACCCGCUUCCCCCUCUUCCACUUCAAGCACUCGCCACCCCACACGCCUGCAGCUGGUGCCCACAUGUGCUAUGACCCUGCUGCCCUGAGCCUGCCUCUGGGAUCUGACAGACCCACUGCCGGUCAAACCACUAUGGAGAACCAUCCUUAUGGGCUCCCCCUGGCCAAAAGAGCAGCCGCCUUAGCCUUCUCGCCGCUGGGCCUCAAUGCAGCCACUUCCAGCCUGUUGGGCGAGAGCAGUGGCAGCAGCAGUGGCCUGCCUUCCCCGCCCAGCAGGAGCUCCUCAUCUGGAGAAGGCACUUGCGCUGUGUGUGGGGACAAUGCUGCCUGCCAACACUAUGGGGUACGGACGUGCGAGGGGUGCAAGGGCUUCUUUAAGAGAACAGUUCAGAAAAACGCAAAAUAUGUUUGUUUGGCAAAUAAAAACUGUCCAGUGGAUAAGAGACGUCGUAACAGAUGCCAGUACUGCCGCUUUCAGAAGUGUCUCAGUGUCGGCAUGGUUAAAGAAGUUGUCCGUACUGAUAGCCUGAAAGGGAGAAGAGGUCGUCUGCCUUCCAAACCAAAGAGCCCUUUACAGCAGGAACCUUCCCAGCCCUCCCCACCUUCUCCUCCAAUCAGUAUGAUGAAUGCCCUGGUCCGCGCUUUAACUGACUCCACACCCCGAGAGCUUGAUUAUUCCAGAUACUGUUCCACUGACCAGGCUGCUGCAGGCACAGAUGCAGAACAUGUACAACAGUUCUAUAAUCUUCUGACUGCCUCCAUUGACAUAUCCAGGGGCUGGGCGGAAAAAAUUCCAGGAUUUACUGAUCUCCCAAAGGAAGAUCAGACAUUACUCAUAGAAUCAGCUUUUUUGGAGCUGUUUGUACUAAGACUCUCCAUCAGAUCUGAUACUGCUGAAGAUAAGUUUGUAUUCUGCAAUGGACUUGUGCUUCAUAGACUUCAGUGCCUUCGUGGAUUUGGGGAGUGGCUCGAGUCAAUUAAAGACUUUUCAUUAAAUUUACAGAGCCUUAACCUUGAUAUCCCAGCCUUAGCAUGUUUAUCAGCUCUAAGUAUGAUUACAGAACGACAUGGAUUAAAAGAACCAAAGAAAGUGGAAGAGCUAUGCAACAAGAUCACUAGCAGCUUAAAAGAUCACUUAGCUUUCAGCUGCCAAAACAAAGGACAGCCACUUGAGUCUGCAGAGCCUAAGGUACUGGGUGUUCUUGCUGACUUGCGUUCGCUCUGCACACUGGGACUGCAGCGCAUCUUUUACCUGAAACUGGAAGAUUUGGUGCCACCCCCUUCCAUUAUUGACAAGUUGUUUCUGGAUACCCUACCUUUCUGAGUCUCAAAUUACCCUCAUGAAAGUCUAAUGCCCACCAGAGCAGGCAAAUGGAUUGUGACUUACUGCUAACAUUUCUGCGCUUACAUAACAGAAAAGCAACUCCAGCCCUAAAAUGAGGACUUUUCAGGCGCUUUUUCCUUACAAACUAAGGCCUAAAAUUUAACGGCUUACUAUCUGGGGGUUGUGUUCUUGUUUUUGUUUAUUUUUUGUGUGAUUUGGGUUUUUUUACAAAUUGCUAAUAAGGCACUUUUGGACAAUGCUAUCUCAGCAGUAAAAGGUUAACAAGACUGUUUUAAAUCUAUUGUGUAACACCUCGUCAUAUAUGGGGAAUACAAAUGUAGAAGCUGUGUUUGAAAACAAGAACAACAAAUAGUUGUUUGCCAGGGUAGUAUGUGUUUUGUGAUGAUACCUUUAGCAUACUUCCUGUAUCAAGGGCACACAUCUUGGCACAAACUAAACAAAAGUUCACUUUUUUUAACAAAGUACAUUCAACUGAAUAUUUCGUAUAAAUCAGAUAUAGCAAAAUGACAAUGGCUGUUAGCUCCCAUGUUCAAGUGCAAUUUUUUAAAGUGCUGUCUUACUAAGUCUUGUUUAUUAACUAAUUUAUUUUACUAUGAAAAUAAAAUCGAAGAAAUCAAGUGAGAAGAUUACAUGCACUAACUUACACGACAAAGUUUCCCAAACUUGAAUCCAUGUAGUGUGACUUACUGACAAAUGUAUGUGGAAGACACAGGGACAAUUUGUGGUUCAGCUGAGCACUUGUUCCUUAGAUAAGGAAGUAAAAGUAAGUAGUGAUUGGAACGCACAGGGUCAGCAUCAGGGAUAGUUAAGUUUUAGAUUUAAUCUAGGUAACAAGUUAGUAAACAGACACAAGACGGUUCUGAAGAACAAGCAAGUCUUGUAAAAUAGUCUGAAUGUAAGAGCUAGGAAGGCUAUAGUGGGCUGCAUUUAAACAUUCCGUGUUCGUACUCCUUUUUUGUAUGUUUAUAUUGUUGAUGCCAUAUUAAUAUGAAAUAAUUUGUUGCAUAGUGUCUUUAUUUGUAUAAACGUUUGUAUGCAUGGU